CUCAGUCCGGUUCUCGUGGCCGACCUCCUCGUCUGGGAUCAGUGGUGGAGCCUGGGACACCUCCCACCUGGUUUCGUUGUGCCGCUCACUACUGUUGUCUCCUUCUCCGCUCCAAUCUUCAACUGUCUCCGUCCCGCCGCUGGUCAAUCUCAUCCAAUUCCAGUCUCGGAUGGGAGCUUUAGUAAAUACAUGGGCUCGGGCAACCACGUUUACGUUCUUGGGGGAAUAAGCAGAACUGAUGCUACUUUUGGUGGUUAUGAUGAUGUAAACGAUGUUUUCCAAUUAGAUUGGAAGGACGUUGAACGUGGGUGGAGAAAAACUACUUCUAUGUUGUUCCCUCGGGCUUUUCCCCUGGUUUUUGCUGCAGAAGGAAAGAUUUACGUCUUCGAACAAUUGGUUUUUGAAUCUUUUGGCGAGGUUUACGAUAUAAGUGGGGAUAUUUGGGAACCAUUGUCGCCCCCUCUGGAAGCUAUUGCUCUAAGUAAUCCUGUUCUAGAUUCUUCCCGAUCUCGGAUUUUGGUGCACUGCCAUGUCAAUGAUUCUCUUUACGCUUAUUACUAUGAUCGUAAAUCAUGGGUUUGCCUCGAUCAAAAAUUUUGUUACUGGUCUGACUUAGCGUCAAUCGUGGACGAUGUGCUGUAUACUGUCAUGUAUAAUUAUUCUGGUGAGUUCUGUUCUUUGGAGGCGUAUAAUUUGCUUGAUAAGAAACAUUUGCCCGUCAAAUGGUCAUCAGAAUUUUCAGUGGAUCCACCAAGGAGUGGCACUCUGUUUCGUUUGGGCAAUGGCGAGUGGAUUUUGGGUUGGGUCAACCAUAUCGAUAUGAGUUUUUGAGUACAUAAGAUUUAAUAUGUGGUGCAACGAGCAGGGAGGGAUUCAUGCAGCUGCAGAGCAUCAAUCUGCCAUCACUGUUCCAUAUCGAUCCAAAGAUAUUUGUGAUAUAUUUUUGUUCUGAAUGAAGGCCUCAGCUGGAACGUGUUGGUGCAUGGAGUUGAGUCAAGACCCAUGUUGAUGGUGAAGAGAGACUUUGAAGACGCCGUCAAUUAUUUUGGUUAAAACUUUAAAGUUGUUGAUGUAAUUGGAUGCUUUCUUUUUGGAUACCGAAAUAUUGACAUAGUUAAAACUAUAUAGUAUUGUGAUUUUGCACUUUAUUCAGUUCUUUUAAGGCCAUCUUUCUUGCCCUUCAAAUAA